GAGGCCACUGGUUGCUCUGCUCACAGGGGGAGACAGCUGCCAACUUGCUCUGGAAAGGCCCUUGCUGUCCCCAUUAGCCCAGGCCACUGGUGGCUCCCACAUCUAUAUACGCAACUUUGGCCACAACCUCCGCCAUUGCCCCAGCUGAGUGGUGAGAGCUGGCUGGAGCCACGAGGAAUUAUGAGGGCGGCUCUCUGGACCUGGGGGCUGGGGCCCUUUCUUCUCACUCUCAGGGCAGCCCCCUUGUCCUGUCUGUCCCAAGGUAGUCCUGGUGACCUGGGGCUGGCACACAGACGGAGUGCAUGAGAUGGAGUGGUGCAGGUCCGACGUGAUGGGGAGUGGGGACACUUGUGCAACCAGAAGUGCACACUGGUGGAGGCCUCUGUGGUCUGCAGGCAGCUUGGCUGUGGCUGUGCAGUUGGUGCUCCCAAGUAUGUCCCGCUACCAGGAGAGGUGGCUCCGCCCUGGCUGCACAACGUGUCCUGUCGGGGUCAUGAGUCCUCCCUCUGGGAGUGCAGCCUGGGCGCACGGAGUCAGAGCGCAUGCCCCCAUGAGUGGGUGGUGGUUGUACUCUGUGCAAAUGGCACUUUCUGGGAGAUCCGCCUGGUGAAGGGUCACAGUCCCUGUGCAGGACUCCCUGAGAUCAGGAAUGUGAAUGGGGUGGACCGCCUCUGUGGCUUGCACAUGGAGGAGGCCACAGUAUUCUGCCAGGAGCUGGGGUGUGGCCCUGCGCUCCAGGCCCCCUGCCAAGGUGUGGACAUCGUCAGGAAGUACAUGGUUUGCAGGGGCACAGAGCCCACCAUCCGCAACUGCAGACUCAACAACAACCUGCGCAGUGGCUGUGACCUCCAGCUGGAUGCAGAGGUGGUCUGCUCAGGUGAGAUGUUGAUUCCCCCCGGACACACAGAGGCCCGGCUGGUGGGCGGUGAGCAUCCCUGUGCUGGGCGCCUGGAGGUUGGGCGGGGCCUGACCUGGGGCACUGUCUGCCUCACGGACCUGGAUCUGCCCACAGCCCACGUGGUGUGCCGGGAGCUGCAGUGUGGGUUGGUCAUCUCCGUCGUCCACGGCACCCUCUUUGGCCAAGGCUCAGGGCCAGUGUGGACAGAGGCCUCCCACUGCCUGGGCAAUGAGUCCCUGCUGUUCCACUGCCAGAGCGAGCCCGGGCACCAGUGCACGCAUGACCAGGACCUGGGGCUCAGGUGCUCAGAGUUCCGGCCGGUCAAUGGCAGCAGCAGCUGUGGGGGCCACGUGGAGCUCCAGGUGCAGGGGUCCUGGGUGCCCCUCUGCGCCUGGCACUGGGACUUAGCAGAUACAACCGUCCUCUGCCACCAGCUGAACUGUGGCAACGCUGUGGCCACACCUCCAGGAGGCCACUUUGGGGAAGGAGGAGCUCCCCUGUGGCCAGAUGUGUUUCACUAUGUGGGGACAGAGCUUUAUUUGUGGAAUUGCCCAGUGAGCACGCUGGGGGCCCAGGCCUGUGCCCCAGGAAAUUCAGCCUCUGCCCUCUGUUCAGGUCUCCGAGACGCCUUACGUCUGAGGGACUGUCAGAGCCGUUGUGAUGGCCUGGACGGCAUGUGGGGCCGUGUCCUGGACAACGCCUGGGACCUGCUGGCCGCCAGCGUGGUGUGCCGGCAGCUGGGGUGCGGAGGGGCAGAGCGAGCCUACGACGCGCCCACCCCUGGCCGUGGUGUGGUCCGGGUAUGGUUGAGCCGUGUGCGCUGCGUGGGCUCCGAGACCCACCUGACCCAAUGCAACGUGUCCACGUCCCAGCUGGUGCCCGCAGGGGUUUCACGGGACGUUGGCGUCGUGUGCUCUGGUGAGUGUGGGAACAGUUGUUCCCCCAGCUCCCUGGCCCCCAGAGUGCAGGCGCUCCUGACUCAGUCUCUCCGCAGGGAGCCUCCGGGUACGGCUGGCCGCUGGGCUGGGUCGCUGCGACGGUCUGAUGCCUGGCACCUACAGGACGCGCCUGUGGUCUGCAGGCAGCUGGGCUGUGGCCACGCCCUGAGUGCGCUGGGGUCCGCCCACUUUGGGGUUGGGGCUGGCCCCAUCUAGAUGGACGAACUGGCCUGUGUGGGCCAUGAGUCUGCUCUGUGGCAGUGCCCGUCUGGGGGCUGGGGACGGCAUGACUGUGGGCACAAGGAGGACGCUGCGGUCUUCUGCUCAGAAUCUAUGGCUCUGAGGCUUCGAGGAGGUCCUGGUGGCUGUGCUGGCUGGCUGGACGUGCUCUACAAUGGGACAUGGGGUUCUGUGUGCAGCAAUGCCCUCAAAGACAUCUCCUUGACUAUCAUCUGCAAACAGCUGGGGUGGGGAUCAGGGCUGGCUGGAGAACAAGCCAUUCCAAGGGGCAGGUUCCAGCACCGCCUGGGUAGACGACAUUGAGUGCCGCAGGCUACCGAGCUCCACUCUGUGGCACUGUCCUUCUGCUCCCUGGGACCCAUGCUCCUGUGUCCUGGGAGAAGAGGAUUUUCACCAACAAUGGCACAGGCUUCAGGAGAGAUGCUCAACUGCUCAUCCGUGCUCAGUUGCCCAGAGGAGGGUGCAGUGUGCGUGCGUGGCGGCAAGGACGGAUGCUCUGGGCGCGUGGAGCUCUGGCACAGGGGCUCCUGGGGCACCGUGUGUGAUGACUCCUGGGACCUGGCAGAAGCAGAGGUUGUGUGCCGCCAGCUGGGCUGUGGCCAGGCAGUGGACGCCGUGCGGGGCGCUGCCUUCGGCCCUGGCUCGGGGCCCGUGUGGCUGGAUGAGGUGGGGUGUCGUGGCAGUGAGGCGUCCCUGUGGGGCUGCCCGGUUGAGCCGUGGGGACGCGGAGACUGUGAGCACAAGGAGGACGCAGGUGUGCACUGCUCAGGUGUCCCUGGGACCACUGCAUCUGCCCUUUCCCUGGCCCCUCCACCUGUUGCUGAGGGCUGGACCUUGCCUGAAAUCGCCUGCCUGGUCCUUGGCUUUGUCCUGGGCCUCGUCUUCCUGGUGCUAGGUGUCCAGUGGUGCCACAGCAGUGCUGCCUGCAUGGGUUCUGGACUGUCGGGGAACCAGGCCUCAGAGGGCGUCUAUGAGGACAUCGAAGCUGUCCCUGUGAGGGAGAAGGAUGAAGUGUCCCCAGAAUCCAGGGGGCCCAUGCAGGAGGAAGAUUAUGAUGAUGCGGCAGAGCCUGAGGAGGGCCACCAUGAUGAGGGGGAGGAGUCUGGGGCCUUGCUGAGCCCCACAGGUGUGCAUCUUUGCGCCCUGGGGUCCGUGGCACUCUUCUUACUGUACUGCUCCCACGUGCAGGGCUCUGCUCUGGCCAGCGCUUACAUUUAAAGAUCCUGAGUGCUGCUCUGUGUCUCUGGGUCCUCACUGCCAUCUUAGGCACGAGGCAUUGGAAAGUGCCCUGUCCCUCAAGGCUGAUGCUUAGACUGGAAUCUUGCAGUGGGCAGGAUGGUGCUCAGUAAAGU